AUGCACUUGUUUGCGCUGAGCAGUGUGGGCGUCUUGAUAGUGGUUCUGCCCCUCCUAUACGUCUACACAUGCUCAAUCGCCCAGUCCCAAUUCCCAACAGUCCGCAACAAGCGCAUAUGUCUGCUCAUUGCGCAUCCCGACGAUGAGGCAAUGUUCUUCUCCCCAACCGUCCUGGCGCUCACCAGACCAGAGACGGGCAACCACGUCAAGAUCUUGUGUCUGAGCACUGGCAAUGCCGAUGGGCUCGGCGAGACCAGGAAAAAGGAGUUGGUCAAGAGCGCCAUGUUGCUGGGGGUGCGCCAAGAGGACGAUGUCUUUGUGAUUGAUAGCCCCGACUUUCCUGACAGCAUGACAACCCAUUGGGACCAUCAAAAGAUCUCGACUCUGCUCUCGCGCGCCUUCGCACCAUACCUCCUACGUCCGAACUCGCCCUCGGCUGCAAACCCAGCCGCCUCCAUUGACGUCCUCGUCACCUUUGACGCCCAGGGCAUCUCCUCGCACCCGAACCACAUUUCGCUGUACAAUGGCGCGAAGGCUUUCCUGGCCGCCCUAACAACGGGCAAGCCCGGCUACUCAUCUCCGGUCGAUCUGUACACCCUGACCACGGUCAAUGUGUUGCGGAAAUAUAUCAGUUUCCUCGACAUGUUUGCCACCAUGCUCAGCGCCCUGCUGUCUGGCGGAGAGGCCAGGAAGAAGAAUGCCAAGGGCAACCCUGGCCUGUUGAUCAACAUGAGCAGCCUGUACGGCGGAAGGGAGAGCGCGGCAACGGCGAGGCAGGCCAUGACCGAGGCACAUAAGAGUCAAAUGGUAUGGUUUCGCUGGGGCUGGAUCAGCUUGAGUCGGUACAUGGUCAUCAACACUUUGACCUUGGAGCAAUUGAAGGCAUGA